GUUGCCCGGUCAGAGGCCGGGUCUUUGGUCUUCUGAGGUUCACACGCCCACUCGUGGUUGUGGGCCGCGCGCUCCAAGGAAUGUGGGCGGGGAUCGUGGGUCUGAGGGGCACCUGCGCACCGCUGCAGGCCCUGCGGGGCGGCCACGGGGUCGCGCUUCUUCCCGGCCACGCGCGGGCCCUGCAAACCUCGGUGGCCUCCUGCGGCAGCAAGAACUUGCUCAAGAAAUUUGCCUCCAAAACCAGAAAGAAGUUUUGGUACGAAGGUCCAUCUCUGGGGCCUCACUUGACUCACAAGCCAUCCAAGUAUGAGUUCCUCAUGAAGAGCACCGCCAAGAAGGCUAGGAGGGAAGACAGUAUACGCCUGAAAGCCCUCAAUGGCCUUCUCUACAAAGCACUGACAGAAUUGCUGUGCACUCCUGAAGUGAGCCAGGAGCUCUAUGACCUGAAUGUGGAGCUCUCCAAGGUCUCUGUGACUUCAGACUUCUCCGCCUGCCGAGCAUACUGGAAGAUAGGUGUUUCUGCAGACCAGAACAGGCACACGGAGGCUGUCCUGCAGAGGAGCGCUGCCUACAUGAGGCAUCUUUUGAUGUCUCAACAGACCCUGAGAAAUGUUCCACCCAUAGUGUUUGUUCAAGACAAAAAAGACGUAGUCCUGGCUGAGGUAGAUCGGUUACUCUCAGUGGCUGACUUUGGACCCCCAGAUGAAAGGGAUGGCUCGGCACAAGAUGGUUCGAGGAACCCCAAUGUCUUGUCACCACAUGACUCCCCAGAACCAACUACACACCCAAACCUGUGUGGGAUUGACCAUGAGGAGCUGAAUAAACAAAUAAUGGAGUACAAACGCAAGAAGGAGAAGGGGCUCCUGAGUGUGCGCCUGGCCCCACCGCCAGGGCGGGGGCUGCUGCCGGAGCUGCCUUGUUUGCCCAGGAAAAGGAAGGCACCGUCCCGCCGGUACCAGGACACUUCCCCCAAAAGCUUCCUUUUGGGUGAGGAGGAUGAGGACGAGGAUGAGGGCAGCACCACGGACUAUGACUGCCAAACCCACGAGGCAGAGGAAGAGUGGCAAACAGAAGCUGGAGAUAACCGGGGACAGCAGGGCCUCUCUGGCCAAAGAGAACAGGGGUAGGGGUGAGGCCUCAGUGCUGCCUGCCCCAUCCUGAGGGUCGCACGGAUUGCUGGACGACACAUUGGAGCAGAGUGUAG